AUGGACACUGUACUUAAAUCAACUGGACAGGAGGAACAUGAGCUAAAUGAAUCUGCAGCAGAGAUGCUUUAUGGUCUGAUUCAUGGUCGGUUCAUUUUGCCAAACAAAGGAAUGGCUGCAUUGAUGUCGAAGAGUUAUUGCUCUGGACAACCCUGCCUUCUAGUGGGCCAGUCAGAUACUCCUAGGUCAAGUAAGGUGAAAAUAUAUGGCUCCAAGUGCGAAGACAUUUACCACCCAAAGUCCAAGUAUCAAGACAUUAGAGCUAAUUUUGGAGUUACAUUUCCCCACCUCUUUCUGAUGACUUUCGGGAAUCUGAAGCCACAAAAGCCAUCACAGAACUAUAUACCAAGAGUUUUUGGUUUCAAAGUUCACAUGUCCUGA